CGGAUUCCGAACAGUGUUGAUGAGUUCGCAGUGCAAAAUCAAAACAAUGAAUAAUUUGGAUAGUUCGCUGCAAGCGCACAACAAAUUGGAAAAGGAAACAACCAAUUUGGUGCUGCUCAAAGAUCGUGUGGACAAGUAUCAUGAUCUGUCCACGCAAAUGUCCAGCAUACUCACCAUCUUCGAGAAGCGCUUGGGCAACUUGGAGCAAACCAUUUUGCCCGUCUACCAGGAGACGGAACAGCUGCAAAAGCGACAACAAAACUUGGAGGCCACGCUGAACUGCCUGGAGAGCGUGCUCUCCCACUACGAUGUCUCCCAGGAGGUUUGCCAGCUCAUACACCAGGGCCCCAUUGAGGGCAACAUUGGCGCCUUUCUGGACGCGCUGGCCAAGCUGCGCGCCGCCAUGGACUACUUUCUGCACAACAAUUCGCAAAGUGUGGAGCUGGAGAACGUCACCAGCUUGUUCAAUAACGGUUGCGAAGGUCUCAAUCAGCACUACAGCAUGCUGCUCAAGAAGCACAGCGCGCCACUAAAACCUGUCGAGCUGCUGGAUCUUAUUUAUAUUGAGGAUGAUUCAUCCAGCGAUGAGUUUACAUCGUUCCGCCAGCUCUCGCAGAGCACACGCGAGGAGCUCUUUACCAUAUCGCUCUGGCUGGAGCAGAAUAUGCGCGAAUAUACACACAUUUACGCAUCCGAGCGUGGAGAGGUUGUGCUGCGUUCCCUGCAGCUGCUCAAGGAUCAUCAGAAGAGCAGCAGCUGGGGCACAGAGGCUCUGCGACCACGUCACAGCGGACGUCAAAAUGAGCCCAAGAAGAACACCUCGGCGCGACUGCAGCAAAUCUUUGAGAAGAAGGCCAACAAGCUGUAUCUGCGCGCCACGCAGACCAUUGAGCAGUCCACUGGCUUUUCUAUUAAGAAGGCCUCCUCGCACAGCGAUCACCUGACCUCGGAGGAUCUGCUCGAUGGCGAUCAGGAGCUGGACAAGUAUUUGGUCAUGCUGCUCGGUCUGCAGCGUCUGCUCAACUGGGAGCGCGCCAUUAUGCGCGACAUAAUACCGCCCUCCAAGCACAAUGAGGUAUUCGCACGGCUGGCCUACAAUGCCAUCGAGCUGGUGGUCAAAGAUGCGGAGGCCAUAACGCAGCGCAUCUUACGCUGCAUUUCGCGCAAGGAAUGGACCUCAGCGCUGGGCAUAUUCUCGGCGCUGAAGCGUGUCAUCCUGCUGCAGCCGGACAUUGAGCGCACCUACGAUGCGGCACAGCGCGAACAGUUGACCAAGGUGCUCAACAAGCUGCAGCAGACGGGCGCCAAAGCGCUGGAGCACUUCCUGGAUGUGGUCAAGGGCGAGUCGAGCACAAACAUUGUGGGCCAGAGCAAUGUGCCCAAGGAUGCGACCGUGCACGAGCUGACCUCCAACACGAUUUGGUUUAUCGAGCAUCUGUACGAGCAUUUCGAUGUAAUUGGCGCGAUACUGGCACAGGAUGUGCUCUACUCCACGCAGCUGGACACCAUUUUGAUGAAGAAGGCGCUGCCCGGCGAGGAGCGCAACAAGGCGCUGCUGGCCAUCUACAUAAAGAAAGCGCUGGCGGAGCUCAAUCUGUCCAUUAUGAACAAGUGCGAGCAGUACAAUGACCAGGCCACCAAGCAUCUAUUCCGUCUGAAUAACAUACACUAUAUACUCAAAUCCUUGCAACGUUCCAAUCUCAUUGAUUUGGUGACGCUGGCGGAGCCAGAAUGUGAGCACAGCUAUUUGGAAAUGAUACGUGAGCUGAAGACGAGCUAUCAGAAGACCUGGUCCAAGAUGCUCUCGGGCAUUUAUUCGCUGGAGGAGCUGCCCAAGCCAGUGGCCGGCAAAGUGAAGGACAAGGAUCGCAGCGUGCUCAAGGAGCGUUUCUCGAACUUCAACAAGGACUUUGAGGAGGCGUGCAAAAUACAGCGCGGCAUUUCCAUACCCGAUGUCAUACUGCGCGAGGGCAUCAAACGCGACAAUGUCGAGCACAUACUGCCCAACUACAAUCGCUUCUUCGAGAUGUAUGCUGCGGUGCAGUUCAGCAAAAAUCCGGAUAAAUAUGUCAAGUAUCGACCACAUGAGAUUAAUGCCAUGCUUAGCAAGCUCUUUGAUGACUCCGCCUAGGAGUCCAACCUGUAGCAUUCC